CCACCUUUGCCAGAUAUUUGACAUUUGGUGCACAGGCCAAGUUCACAACUGGUCGGGAAAUGUGGGAACAGCUCGGCCCAGAGAAAGCGAAAGUGAGACUAACCAAAAAACCUCAGUCCACGGACGCCGACGUCGACUUUGUGUGUCUCUCUCUCCUCUCUCCCCUCUACCUACCACCAGCGCUCUUUUUUUUAAAGAAGCAGAAGCAACAAUGGCGCCCCUCUCGACCGUGACGCGCGCCCUCGCCCGGCCCUCCGUCCUGCGUGUUGCUGCCCGCACCAUCUCGACGACCCCGGCCGUCCGCGGCGACUCUUCCUACUCUAGCCCUUUCAAGGGCGAGAGCAACAGCACCAAGGUGCCGGAUUUCUCAAAGUACCUGUCGGACAAGAAGCCGAGCUCGAAUGCGCUGAUUAGUUAUUUCAUGGUGGGCACGUUGGGUGCGAUCACUGCGGGGGGGGCGAAGAGUACCAUUCAGGAGUUCCUCGUCAACAUGUCCGCCUCUGCUGACGUCUUGGCUUUGGCCAAGGUUGAGGUUGAUUUGAAUGCCAUUCCCGAGGGCAAGAACGUCAUCGUCAAGUGGAGAGGCAAGCCCGUCUUCAUCCGCCACCGCACAGCCGCCGAGAUUGAGGAGGCCAACAACAUCAACGUUGCGUCGCUAAGAGACCCCGAGGCCGACAGCGAUCGUGUUCAGAAGCCUGAGUGGCUUGUCAUGUUGGGUGUCUGCACACACUUGGGCUGCGUCCCCAUCGGCGAGGCCGGUGAGUACGGCGGCUGGUUCUGCCCCUGCCACGGCUCCCACUACGACAUUUCGGGCCGCAUCAGAAAGGGUCCUGCCCCUCUGAACCUCGAGAUUCCCGCGUACGAGUUCCCCGAGGACGACAAGCUGGUUAUUGGUUAAACGCUUGCUACUUUGCUGCGGUUUGUUGCGGAGAAAAUAAAAAGCGAGCGAAUCGAUAGAAAGAGAGAGAGAAAGAGAGAGAAAGAGAGAACCUAAAAUGCAAAAACUUGUAUAUUCUUGUCCACCAC